AGACUCACUCGGAUGGUUUAAAACUACGGUAAAGGCUUUUGUACGCGUUGUCAAGCGCCUGAUUGAUUAUCAACUGAGAAAAUGAUAAAAAAUGCAAAUAGUACAAUAACCAGAACACAGUUUUUCUUUUCACGAUCACAGAAAAGAAGCUUUCAUUUCAACAAAGUCAUGAUGCAGGACACACGCCCACCGGAUCACAGACAGCGGCGAAUGGACCAUCUGCGGUUGUUGAACUACUCCAUGUCGGUGGACGAGGCGGCAGUGAGCGCCACCGUCCGUACAUCCGGGUUUCACUACUCAGACUUUUGCUCCAAGAACGGACUACCAAAACCCUGGCAGAUGAUGAAGCUACUGGAAUCCUGUCGAUUUUUCUCUCAUCAUUGGCCGCUUGACGAUACAGGCAGAACGUUUAGAGAUUACGCUGAAGUGACGUCAGACCGAUUGACGUUUCUCGUGACGUCAUCUUUAGAUAUUGAAAAAGACUUGUACGAUCCUGCUAAACCCAAGUGCCCCCUGGACGUAGUCGUUCAAGGUGGCUACAUAGGGAGUACGUCAUUGAACUCUAUAGCUACGGUUCGUACGCUAGAUGGCGUAGACUUGAUAAAAAAUGUCAACCAAGUGGUCAGCGUCGACAAAUCGUCACGUCGGCCGUUGCGGUUACCGGAAUGGUGGAAAGAGAAGUAUGAAGAAUCAGCUAAGAAAUUCUCUGCUUUGAAGUUUGAUAGGUAUGCGAAGCCAGCGACCUUACCGUCUUUCAAAGUGCACGUCACACGCAGUGACCAGGACGGCAACAACCACACUAACUGGAGCUGCUAUGUUCGCUUUGGCUUGGACGGCUUGUAUCACAAUGUUAAGCACGGCCUUGUACAGCAUUUCAAUGAUCUGGAGAAACGAGGUCUCAAAAGAAUGGAGCUGUUAUUCUCGGGAGAAAGUUUUGAUGACGACAUUCUUGACGUUUACGUUUGGAACGAUCCAGAUGACGUCAACAAAGUCCGUGUGCACGUUGAGAAGGAGGGCGUUUUUCUAUUUCAGGGAAUGUUCGAAUAUUUUGCAGAUCCACUGUAUUGAAUCAAUGUAUAUGCGAAAGUGUAACGUUUGUUAAUUAAACAUACACAUACAUAUUAUGCUUAGUGUCAUGGAAGCAAGAAGCUGUAGUAUGUAUCUCUAAAUGUUCUUAUUACAGAACUUUCUUCUCAUGUGUUGGUAAAGUUGCAUAUUAAUCAAGUCCCAUUUAAAUUGCAAAAGAUAAAACGCUGCCGUUUGUUUUGUAGCGAUAAAACUUGGUAUCUGUUAAGCCAACAUUAAGACGUUCUUAUUCAGAUAGAUUUGAAAAUUGGUAGGUUCAACGUGGUUGCUGUUACCUUAAUCGAAAAUAAACAUGUUACCGAUUAA